CUCGACCCGUCCGUCCUCGCCACCGGCUUCGAGAACGACGGCCAGGACGUGCCCGCCGCGGGUCAGGUUGCCUCGCUCACCUCGAGCAACAACUUCAUCAACUUCUGCGCCGGCCAGACGAUCACCAACGGCAAGCAGAUCACCAACGGCUCCUGCAACCCGGCGCCGAUGGGCCAGAUCCCGGCGCAGACGCUCAUGCCCUCGUCCAAGUUCACCUUCCCGACCAACUUCGGCACGAUCAAGGCCAACACCGCGUUCACCAUCUCCAUGGCCAUCUCCAACCUCGAGACGGGUCACUUCGUGAACGCGCAGGAGAACUACUUCGCGGCGCCCCAGCAGCUCAACUCGGCGGGCAUCAUCCAGGGCCACUCGCACGUCGUCGUCGAGCAGCUCCAGAGCCUCGACCAGACCACGCCUCUCGACCCGACCAAGUUCGCGUUCUUCAAGGGUCUCAACGACGCUGCGGUCAACGGCGUCCUCACCGCUGAUGUCACCGCUGGUCUUCCCGUCGGCUUCUACAAGGUCUCGUCCAUCAACUCGGCGUCCAACCACCAGCCCGUCCUCGCCCCCGUCGCCCAGCACGGUUCGCUCGACGAUGCUGUCUACUUCUCGGUGACCGAAGACGGCGUCGCGGCUGGCAACUCGACCGCUGCCGCCAACUCGACGGCAGCUGCGACCGCCUCCGCCGCCGCCAACUCCACCGCU